GGCGCGAUUACCCCGCGGAUUUGCGAAGUCCAUGGUCAUUGCAGCAGGGAGUCUACGCAGGCCUGUCGUUUUUCUGUCAACUAUAGAAUCAUUGCCACAAUUAUUGCCGUGAGCUAUCUACAUCGCCCGGGCAGUUCCUGAUAAGGCAAUCAUGGAGAACUCUUAAACCAUCUCACUUCGGAGAUGGGAGGAACUGGGACCAUGUCGCCCGUCAUCAACAAGAAGUCAUUGCUGCUGCCAAUAGCGCAUACUAUUAACCUCAACCUGGGAUGUGCUGGGCUGCGAGAGCUAGACCAAAAGGCCGGUGCUGUCCAGGGUAACUUGCAGCUUCUUGUGCAUCGAGAGGUCGAACGGAAGUGGUUUGCAGGUUCCGUCCAGAGGAUGGUGACUUCUUCGUCGAGUUAAUCAGUAUUGCCAACGUAACGUCCUUUAUGACGAUGGGGCUCACCGCAAGACAGGAAACAAAGGGAAUUACAGCAAACUGCCGGCUGAAAGGGUUUCAUACUUUCGCUGACAGGAGUGGCCCUGCUGGACCUCGUAGACAUAUAUGACUCCAACGUCGGUGCCGUAUCUCAUCUCAUGACGUCCCGAUGUAUCGGAUCCCUAGUUGGGUGUCUCGUUGGUGGCCGUCUCUUUGACAGAUACAACCUACAGUUGCUGCUUAUCCUCACCGUGGCCAUGAUGUCCGGGACUUUUGUUUUCUUACCUCUCUGCGGAAACUUGCCUUUGGCACAUUGUGCUAGCUUCAUUAAUGGCAUGGGGGUUGGGGCAUUUGAUACUGGCUCGCAAGUCCGUCUCGUUAAUAUAUGGCCGGUGAACAACGGUCCCGUGCUCCAGGUCUUCCAUUUUAGUUUCGGCGUGGGUUCCUUGCUGGCUCCUCUCCUGGCACAACCAUUUCUCUCGGGACUACCACGUGAUCACCUCGCCGGCAACCUGUCAGACUCAAACACAUCACUCCCAGAGAGCACCAGCUUCCUCAACUCUACAGUGACGAAUUAUUAUGAAGAAUCAAAAAUUCAAUAUGCGUUUCUCAUCGUUAGCAUCUAUAUCGCUGUCAUCGCUGUGUGUAUGACCCUACUGUACAUUGUGGAUAACAAGGAAACCAGUGAAAGGCAGGCCUCCACGCAGAAGGUGCACAACGACGUCGCACCGUCAAAUCGCGACAUAAGGUUCACCAGGACAUUUCUCGCGCUCACGGGAAUUUACGUUUUCGUGUAUGUUGCCAUGGAAUGUUCUUAUGGACAAAUGCUGACAACAUUCGGUGUGAAGAGCGACCUUCGCAUGACUGUGUCAUCAGCUGCCUACCUCACACAAGUCUUCUUUGUCACAUUCACGCUGGCUAGAGUUUUAGCCGCGGUGAUGGCGUUAAAAGUGACUCCUUUCGGAAUGUUACUCGCGUCAAAUCUCCUUCUUGUAGGCACCUACGCCAUCCUAAUGCCAUGGGGUGCAUCCUCAAGUCUCCUUCUUUGGGUUGGAACAGCAGUGUCUGGAAUAGGUCAGGCAUCGAUUUACGGCGCCGCUGUGUCGUUCUGCGUUGAGUACGUCGUCCUGACGAACGCCAACAUGUCCCUUAUCAUUGUCAUGUCUGGCGUUGGUGCUAUGUUAAGCCCAGUACUUGUUGGACAGUUUAUAGAUGAUUUCCCCAUGGUGUUGAUGUACACAUGUUUCGUGGCUUCCCUCGUAAUGGCGCUAGUGUUGAUUCUGCUGCACUUGCUUACCAGGAACUGCGAAAAAUUGUGUGACGCUGAUAAAAACGCGACUCGUGUGGAGGAACAGGGUUCAAUGCUAACUUACAGCAAAGAAUAAAUGUACGCUAACAAUUAAUCAUCGGCCGGAGACGCAGUCAUACAGUAAGUAAAAUUCGAGCCGCCAUGCAUGCGUGGAGGACCAACUGAGGUAUCCAUACUGGACGAGUACCAUCUCGUGCUCGCUUCAACCUGUACGUAGAACUAGAGAGUGGUACCAAACUGUUUUCUGUCCGCUUCAGUUUGACACUUUUCCCCCGAGUCUCCGCUUCAAGGCCUUCAAAAGGGGUUGAGAAACCAUCUCUAACCGCAUGUGUUUAAUGCACUGCUCGUAUAAUAUUGUAGACCACAUUUUCAAUACAGAGAGCCAUAUAUGUA